AUGGAGAGCCUUGGCGAAAGCUUUCCCCGGACAUCCUCGGACCCGCUGCCCUGCGACACUUCACACUUCAGCCCAUCCUUGACCAAGGAGUUAGAUGCCAGCUUGUCGGCGAAGCUGGCAACAUGUGAGCUCUACGAUGACAUGAACUACAUCAACGCAGGCUACAGAAGCAUGCUAGUCCUCACGGAGCAAGAAUUGCAGCGUGCCGCGGUGGCACUUGAAUUGGGUAACCUCCGGAGCUGCGCGACAAUGCACAUGCAUGCGAAUGCUGUGUAUUUGGGCCGGGCAGCUCAGGCCGCCGCAUCCGUGUACGAUGGCAAGGUCUCCGAGUGCGGAGGCAUCUCACAGCGCGAGUGCCUGGUCUUGGAAGUUCACCUGGCCGAGAUCAAUGCCCUUCCGAAUGUGACUGAAGCUGCCGCCCCCACCACGGAGGUGACGCAGGCGUUCUGCCGGGCCCCCUUGAGUGCGCCGUGGGCUGCGAAAGUCGCGGCCUGCAGUAACUACGACGCCUGCUAUGCUUCGAAGGUGAUCAUGCAGGACAGCUCUUUCACCGCCGCGAAAGAACUGGCCACAAGCCGGCAGGCUGAAUACCUCGCACUGAAGCGCAUUGAAUGCCUCCUCACUGUUUUGGAGUCCAGCGCGGCAGAGCAGCCAGACAAGCUGACUGCAUCUUGA